AUGCCAGAAGUCCUGGAAGUUUCAAUAAUUAGACCAGGCCAUAUUGCCGCCAACAUCACCGCUCUCAAUACCACCCCUCCAAAUGAAUCAGAACCUCCACUUGAUGGGAACUGCGGAAUCUUGUAUCUUUCCCCUUGUCCAGCAGGAAAGCACCGUGACGGCUACAAUUAUCAAGGUGCCCUAAUCUCGAAAGAGGUCGCAAGAAGCGAAGGAGAUCGCGGAGAAGGAAACGAGGACUUCAAACUGGUAUGGUACAAGGCACAGUACGGGGAUAACCUGCGCAAUCGCUGCUUUGUGCGCUGGGAAGAGAAGGGCUUUGGCAGGCAGAACCUGGAUUUGGGUGUUGGUUCCGGUGUGGAUGAGGUGACAUGUCUCUUUUGUCGAGCGUGGUGGCAAGUGGUGGAGAUGACUGAAGAUGUAAUGGAUACAAAACGGAUGCAGUGUGAAGCUUGCAAGUUUCUGUUCCUGUGA